AUGCAGACACCGCCGCUUUCGCUCUCACCUAUGGCUGGCCAAGGCUUGCGCAGACGUAGCAGCGUUGACGCUACUCAGCUACCGAUAAAGCGAGAGCAGUCGCCUUCGAUACCAGAUGCAAACGAAGAAACUCAGCUGGCUCUGAGUCGCUCAAUGAAACGCAAGACCAGCGGAUUCUCGCCUAGCCUGUCGCGAAUCCCAUCCCAGGCCGGCUUCGUCUCACCGGCAUCACCCGCGCCUGCUUCUGCGUAUUCUGCAUCAUCAAGCCAGAGCAAUAGCGAACCGGCUUCGCCGCUCGAGCAUCUGCCGAUGGCGCUGACGAGCAUGCUACGCGAAGCCUGUAGUGCAGUCGAGCGCAUGCUUCUCUUCUUGGAAGACGCCGAGCUAUAG